CUUGCAGAGCAAGCGAUGGAUGAGGAAAACAUGACGAAAAGCGAGGAGCAGCAGCCUCUGAGUUUGCAAAAAGCCUUACAGCAGUGCGAAUUGGUCCAAAACAUGAUAGACUUGAGCAUCUCCAACCUGGAGGGGCUCAGGACCAAAUGUGCCACCUCCAACGACCUCACACAAAAAGAAAUCCGGACCCUGGAGAGCAAGCUGGUGAAAUACUUCAGCAGGCAACUGUCCUGCAAGAAGAAGGUGGCACUCCAGGAGCGCAACGCUGAACUCGAGGGCUUCCCGCAGCUGCGCCACUGGUUCCGAAUUGUCGAUGUGCGCCAGGAAGUUCUGGAGGAGAUCACCCCGAGCCAGCUGAGCCUGGAAGAGCUCCUGGAGAUGACGGAUGAGCAGGUGUGCGAGACAGUGGAGAAGUUCGGGGUGAACCGGGAGGAAUGCGCCCGCCUCAACGCCUCCCUCACCUGCCUUCGAAACGUGCACCUGUCAGGAGGCAACCUUUCCAAACAAGACUGGACCAUCCAGUGGCCCACCACAGAGACGGGGAAGGAGAACAAUCUCUCAGAGUCCACCCCGUGGAUCCGCACCCACCUCUCCCAGAGUCCCAGGGUGCAGGCCAAGUGCACACAACACUACUGUCAUGCAGGCCCCAUGCCUGGGACCCCCGUGUACACCCAUGUGGACAGACUCACGGUGGAUGCCUAUCCAGGUCUGUGCCCACCACCGCCCCUGGAGUCCGGCCACCGCUCGCUGCCCCCGUCACCCCGGCAGAGGCACACGGUCCGCACCCCACCACGAACCCCAAACAUCGUGACCACAGUGACCCCACCAGGCACGCCACCCAUGCGGAGGAAGAACAAGUUGAAGCCACCUGGCACGCCACCACCUUCCUCCAGGAAGCUGAUCCACUUGAUUCCGGGGUUCACCGCCCUGCACAGGAGCAAGUCCCAUGAGUUCCAGUUGGGCAACCGCGUGGAGGAGGCUCACACGCCCAAAGCCAAGAAGAAGAGCAAACCCUUGAACCUGAAGAUCCAUGGCAGCGUGGGCAGCUGUGAGAACAUUCCAGCACAGCAGCGCUCCCCACUCCUGUAUGAGCGCUCUUUGCGUUCCUUCUUCGUGGGCCAUGCGUCCUUCCUGCCGUCCACCCCUCCCGUCCACUCCGACACCUCCUUCUCUGCAAACACGCUAUCUGUGCCACGCUGGUCUCCACAGAUCCCUCGCAGAGAUCUCGGCAACUCCAUCAAGCACAGGUUCUCCACCAAAUACUGGAUGGCCCAGACUUGCACCGUCUGUGGGAAAGGGAUGCUUUUCGGCCUCAAGUGUAAAAACUGCAAGUUAAAGUGCCACAACAAAUGCACCAAAGAAGCCCCACCCUGCCACCUGCUCAUCAUCCACAGAGGAGACCCAGCAAGGCUAGUGAGGACAGAAUCGGUCCCCUGUGACAUCAACAACCCUCUCCGCAAGCCACCCCGCUACUCGGACCUGCACAUCAGCCAGACACUCCCCAAGACCAACAAAAUCAACAAGGAUCACAUCCCUGUCCCCUACCAGCCAGACUCUAGCAGUAACCCUUCAUCCACGACAUCGUCUACGCCCUCCUCACCGGCACCCCCACUCCCUCCCAGUGCCACGCCGCCUUCUCCCCUGCACCCAUCCCCGCAGUGCUCAAGGCAGCAGAAGAGCUUCAACCUGCCAGCAUCUCACUACUACAAGUACAAGCAACAGUUCAUCUUCCCAGAUGUGGUGCCAGUGCCUGAGACACCGACGCGGGCACCUCAGGUCAUCCUACAUCCGGUGACCUCCAACCCCAUCUUGGAAGGAAAUCCAUUACUUCAAAUUGAAGUGGAACCCACCUCAGAGAAUGAAGAGGCCCACGAGGAGGCUGAAGAAUCAGAGGAUGACUUUGAGGAGAUGAACCUGUCUCUGCUGUCUGCGCGGAGCUUCCCGCGCAAGGCCAGCCAGACCAGCAUCUUCCUGCAGGAGUGGGACAUCCCCUUUGAGCAGCUGGAGGUGGGCGAGCUCAUCGGCAAGGGCCGCUUUGGGCAGGUGUAUCACGGCCGCUGGCAUGGCGAGGUGGCCAUCCGGCUCAUCGACAUUGAGCGAGACAACGAGGACCAGCUGAAGGCCUUCAAGCGGGAGGUAAUGGCCUACAGGCAGACAAGACACGAGAAUGUGGUGCUCUUCAUGGGAGCCUGCAUGAGCCCGCCCCACCUGGCCAUCAUCACCAGCCUGUGUAAAGGCAGGACACUCUACUCUGUGGUGCGAGAUGCCAAGAUUGUCUUGGACGUCAACAAAACAAGACAGAUUGCCCAGGAGAUUGUGAAGGGCAUGGGCUACCUCCAUGCCAAGGGCAUCCUGCACAAAGACCUUAAGUCCAAAAACGUUUUCUACGACAACGGCAAAGUGGUCAUCACGGAUUUCGGGCUCUUCAGCAUUUCCGGAGUGCUUCAGGCAGGCAGGCGAGAGGACAAGCUUCGCAUCCAGAAGGGCUGGCUAUGUCACCUGGCACCUGAGAUCAUCCGCCAGCUGUCCCCCGACACCGAGGAAGACAAGCUCCCCUUCUCCAAGCACUCAGACGUCUUUGCACUUGGCACCAUCUGGUACGAACUGCAUGCCCGGGAGUGGCCUUUCAAGACCCAGCCAGCUGAGGCCAUCAUCUGGCAGAUGGGCACGGGCAUGAAACCCAACCUCAGCCAGAUCGGCAUGGGAAAAGAAAUCUCGGACAUCCUUCUCUUCUGCUGGGCCUUUGAACAGGAAGAGAGACCCACCUUCACCAAGCUCAUGGACAUGCUGGAGAAACUGCCAAAGCGAAACCGCCGUCUCUCUCACCCCGGACAUUUCUGGAAGUCUGCAGAGCUCUGAUCAUCCGACAAAGGGACGUAGCUCAGCAACCUCGACUCCAAGCCACCUUCUCCUUCCCUGCUCUGCCCGCUGCUGCAGGCUCUGGAGCCCAAGGAUUCACCCUUAUUGGGUGAUCACCCUGGCUGGCCUGGGCUCGAAGUGCAGUGGAGAGCCCUGCGCCUCGGACCCGCACACCUCUGCUUAGACAGGAUUGGGAGUUGGAGACCCGAAGCUAGGACUUCAUGGGAUCUGCCAGGAAGACGUGGACUUGAUCAGAGAGGACAGGACAGUGUGACAGGGAGAGCUGCCGGCCACAAGCAGGGGGAGAAGAGACCGAGCUGUGGAUCCCGGAGCAAACGCGUGGAACCGUUUGUGUGUCUCGGUGCACGUGCAAGCCCUCCCUGCUGGGCUCACUCCUGCCAUGCACCAGCCCCCCACCUCCCCACCCCUGUGGCUCUGGUCCUCAUUUGGUGGAGGGGUUCAACUGUGCUGUCCAGGGGUUCAGACACUCUUAUGAGGUCACUGGGCCCAGAUCCAGGCAGUUUCUUUGCAGACUCUUGCCCAGACCAGCCAGUCAGGGUGCAAGGCGCUUUUCCUGCUUCGGGGUCUCUCUGAGGGGCCGGUUCCCCCUCGUCUGCCUUUUUCUCUAGUUCUGUGAGUUUCAUGCCUUUGACCUCUCACCUCCCCUUCCUCCACCCCCAACCCAUCCUGUCUUUUGAAAACCACUGGCUCUGUCCAAUCCUUCUGACUCACCUUCAUCCACAAUGCUCCCCCUUCCUCUAUCUGGGACAUUCUCUGGAGGAUAUGGCCUGCCACUCCCUGCUUAGGGUGUGCACCUGCCUGUCGGAGGGAAGCAGGGCCCUGAGAUAUGUGUGUAUGUGGGUCACCCCCUGUAUGUGAAUGGUACCCCCACUUACGCACAAUCCAGCUGUGGUACCCUGCCAUUGAGGGUCUGUGCUGGUUGAAAUGUGUGUGAAUGCUUGGUGCCCCCCCCCAAUAUCCCUUCCUGCCCCACCUCCACCAGCCACUUCCCUGGUCCCCUUGGGUCUGUGUGUUCAUAGGAAGGAUGCUGAGACUUGGACAUGCAGGCAACAGGGACACGUUUGUCUUCCUUCUCACCACUUCCUGCCUGUCUGAGGCCAGUCUUGGGUCCCGAAGCUGGGACACCCCCCCGCCCCGCCAUUCUCUGACCUGCACCAAAGGGACAUCUGCCUAAAGCUGCCUGCAGACACCACCACCCCCCACAACCCUCAUCUCUGGGACCUGACUGAGAGUUUUGGACAUCUCCUUGAGGAGGGGAGAGCUCUCUCCCCCUCCCUACUUCCACAGCUGCAGCUCUGCAGGAGCACCACACCUGCUUCCAAAUUAAGGAAAAUUAUGCCACCAGACCAACUAGUUGCACCCCCAAAAGGCCUUCCUGAAAUCCUCACCUGCCUCACCCACCCAUCACUGGCAACCCAUGCACAUUUCCAAGGUGACAUGUGUCCUGGAAUCCUGGACAUGCUUGUAUGCCAACUGGUCACAGGUAGAAUGGUGGGGGCAGCUCUGGGUCACAGCCCCCCCUCAUCCCUGUCCUGCCAAAACCAGCACCUGUAGCCCAGUGGGCCUCUGGACCUGGUUCUCUCUGUUGCCCAUUAACUCAGUUUGGGUCAUGUACCCCUUUUGGGGGGGAAGAAAACGAGGGUGAGAGUGACUGGCCUGUCCCCAGGGCUGUGGCCAGUUCUCUCUCCUGCUGCUAGAAUAAGCUUUGGGGCCACCAAGAAUACCUGGCAGACCUGGCCGGAUUCCACAGGGCAGGUGUAUACAGCGCUGGCUUGAGAAUCUUGCUCCAGAGGUGCUGUCUCCUGGGCCUUUGCCCCUCCUGCUCCUCCUCCCCUCUGUUUUGGGGUGCUGGGGCUGUCCCCUCACCAAAUCCUCCAACAAACCAGGGGACUAUACAUCCUAGAUGAGUCCAUCUGCCAUCUAGUAUGGACAGGCCAUGUUCCUCAGGUCCAUGAUAAAAGGGGAAACAGCCUUCCUGGCCCUCUAGAUUUUCAGGAUACAGCAGCCCUCUGACAUCCCUGGCUUGUGGCAGUCGCUCUCUUGUCUCUGCUCCCCCUGACUCCCUUGGGUGUCUGGCUUCCGCUGAGGCCCUUCACAGGAAUCAGCCUGCUUGGGGUCCACCUUACCUCCCCAUCACAUCUACCAAGACCCCAUUUCCACAUCAGGCUGCUUAUAGGGGAUUGACAUUGUUUCAAGGGGC